GGUCCUCCCGGUUGCAGUCCUGGUAGCCGUUUGUCUGGUAAAAUGUCCAACUGGAAUUGUACUUUUUCACUUCAGAAGAGGUGAGAGAAUCAAAUACUACAGGAGAUCCUUUGGUGGCAUGUCUUCCACAUGAAACCAUGGACAUUGAAGCAUACUUUGAAAGAAUUGGUUAUCAGAACUCCAGGAGCAAACUGGACUUGGAAACAUUAACUGAAAUCCUUCAGCACCAGAUACGGACUAUUCCCUUUGAGAACUUGAACAUCCAUUGUGGAGAAUCCAUGGAACUGAGUUUAGAAGCCAUCUUUGAUCAAAUUGUGAGGAAGAAGAGAGGUGGAUGGUGUCUCCAGGUUAAUCAUCUGCUGUACUGGGCUCUGACCAAAAUGGGCUUUGAAACCACAAUGUUGGGAGGAUAUGUCUUUAACACUCCAGCCAAUAAGUAUAGCACUGGCAUGAUUCACCUUCUAGUUCAGGUCACCAUCAGUGGAAAGGACUACAUUGUUGAUGCUGGGUUUGGACGUUCCUACCAGAUGUGGGAGCCUCUGGAAUUAGCAUCUGGAAAGGAUCAGCCUCAGGUGCCUGCCAUCUUCCGUUUGACAGAGGAGAAUGGAACUUGGUACUUGGACCAAAUCAGAAGAGAGCAGUAUGUUCCAAACCAAGAAUUUGUUAACUCAGACCUCCUUGAAAAGAACAAAUAUCGAAAAAUCUAUUCCUUUACGCUUGAGCCCCGAACUAUUGAAGAUUUUGAGUCCAUGAAUAUCUACCUUCAGACAUCACCAGCAUCUGUAUUUACUAGCAAAUCAUUUUGUUCCCUGCAGACCCCAGAAGGGGUUCAUUGUUUGGUUGGCUCUACCCUCACUUAUAGAAGAUUUAGUUACAAGGACAAUGUAGAUCUUGUAGAGUUUAAGAGUCUGACUGAGGAAGAGAUAGAAGAUGUACUGAGAACUAUAUUUGGGGUUUCUUUAGAGAGAAAACUUGUGCCUAAACAUGGUGAUCGAUUUUUUACCAUUUAAAAUAUGCAAAGUUUUAGUGUCCUUUCAUGUACUUGGAAUUUUUAUGAUAAAAUAUUCAAACUGGUGACAUGGACAUACUGGUGAUCAUGUUGAUGUGUGCUAGGACAUACCCAGCAUUGGCUUACAGCUAAAUUAAUAUAGAAUUUGUGCUAAUUGUUAAGUAAAAGGAAUAGUGUGAAAAGCGUUCCCAUUAAAUUCAACCAGCAUGUAUUCCAUAUCAAAUUGUUAUGAGGUUUUACCUGUACAAUUUAGGAUUUGGAUUCAUCAAAGAAGAAUGAGAAGUAAUGUUGGUUACAAACAACUAUAUAGUCUUCAAUAGAUGACUUACCCAAACACGAAAGUAUAUGUGAUUAGGGCCCAAGAGAACCAGUCACACAGCUAAUUAUUUCUUUCAGUGUUGUUUCUAUAUCCACUUCUUUUUGUACUAUUUUUUCUUACUGUGGGAACAAACACCAACUGAGAAACUUGAGCUUGAUUUUAAAAAUGUAUAUCUAAGUUAAUAAAAAUGAUAAAAUAUGUAUCUAAAACUGGUUUUCAAAGAGGUAUAUUAAAGCA